AUGGAAAGGGACAGCUACCCGAAUGCUUCCCCCGCAAGGACGUCUCCAGCCCGGGCAGCCCCCGGCCGGGCAGCCCCCGGCCGGGCAGCCCCAUCCCGGGCAUCACCUUCCAGGUCAUCAUCUGGCAGGUCGUCGUCUGCUAGGUCAGCCUCCACAGCAUCCUCUCCAACGAGGAUGUACCUUGUUAGAGCGACACCAGUGAGGGCCCCACCUGUCCGGACAUCUCCUGCCACAUCAGCACCAGCCACCAGGGCCACUGGGGAGACCCCAGGUGUCAGCUUGCCCAAGUUCACCUGGCAGGAGGGCCAGAAGAGGCUGCCGCUCAUCGGAUGCAUCCUCCUCCUCAUUGCCCUGGUGGUAUCACUCAUCAUCCUCUAUGGGGGACGAGAGCCCCAGAGUCCAAGAGGGAUUGCAGUCUACUUCUGGCGGGGCCACACAGGGAUCAAGUACAAGGAGCCAGUAGAGAGCUGCCCCAUGCAUGCUGUGCGCUGUGAUGGAGUGGUGGACUGCAAGCUGAAGAGUGAUGAGCUGGGCUGUGUGAGGUUUGACUGGGACAAGUCUCUGCUUAAAGUCUACUCUGGGUCAUCCCAUCAGUGGAUUCCUAUCUGCAGUAACAACUGGAACAACUCUUACUCGGUGAAGACCUGCCAACAGCUGGGUUUUGAGAGUGCUUACCGGACGACCGAGGUGGCCUAUAGGAACGUGGCCAGCAGUUUCUCAAUCUCUGAGUACAACUCUACCAUCCAGGAAAGCCUCUACAGGUGUGGAGGGGCAGGCCAGGCUGCCUGUCUGUCCGAAUGCCCUUCCCAGCGGUAUGUCUCCCUUCAGUGUUCCCACUGUGGACUGAGGGCCAUGACGGGGCGAAUCGUGGGAGGGGCACUGGCCCCAGAGAGCAAAUGGCCUUGGCAAGUCAGUCUACACUACGGCACCACCCACAUCUGUGGGGGCACACUGAUCGACACCCAGUGGGUGCUCACUGCUGCCCACUGCUUCUUUGUGACCCGGGAAAAGGUCUUGGAGGGUUGGAAGGUGUACGUGGGCACCAACAACCUGCAUCAGCUGCCUGAGGCAGCCUCCAUCUCCCAGAUCAUCAUCAAUGGCAACUACACUGAUGAGGAGGAUGACUAUGACAUUGCCCUCGUGCGCCUCUCCAAGCCCUUGACCCUGUCUGCUCACAUCCACCCUGCUUGCCUUCCCAUGCAUGGACAGACCUUCAGCCUCAAUGAGACUUGCUGGAUCACAGGCUUUGGCAAGACCAGGGAGACAGAUGAGAAGACGUCCCCCUUCCUCCGGGAGGUGCAGGUCAGCCUCAUAGAUUUUCGGAAGUGCAACGACUACUUGGUCUAUGACAAUUACCUUACCCCAAGGAUGAUGUGUGCUGGGGACCUUCGGGGAGGAAGAGACUCCUGCCAGGGAGACAGCGGGGGGCCCCUGGUAUGUGAACGGAACAACCGCUGGUACCUGGCAGGAGUCACCAGCUGGGGAACAGGCUGCGGCCAAAGAAACAAACCUGGUGUGUACACUAAAGUGACAGAACUCCUCCCCUGGAUAUACAGCAAAAUGGAGAGUGAGGUGCACCUCCGGAAAUCUUAA